AUGCCAAGCACUGCCACUGCUGGAAAUGAAACUGACUGGCCUAUGGAGAAUUUAACAAUGAUAUACAUGUCUUUCUACACCUCGCUAAAGACAGAACAAUUGGUCACACUUUGGAUCAUUUUCCUUGUCACCAUCACUGGGAACAGCCUUGUCCUGAUUUCCAUGUGGAGGAACCAGGAAAAAAAAUCUAGGAUGAAUUUCUUUGUCACUCAGCUAGUCAUAGCAGAUAUGCUGGUGGGCCUCAUUAAUAUACUGAGUGAUAUCAUCUGGCGCUUGACUGGGAACUUUUUGGCUCCUGAUUUCGUGUGCAAAAUGUUAAAGUACUUUCAGGUUGUUUUGCUGUAUGCAUCAACAUAUGUGUUGGUUUCCCUAAGUAUUGACAGAUAUCAUGCCCUGGCUCAUCCUCUAAAAUUCCUACAAGGAGAAAAACAAGCCAAGAUCCUCAUUGCGGUUUCUUGGGCCCUCUCCUUCGUCUUCUCCACCCCUUCUCUCAUCAUCUUUGGGAACAAACAGUUGUCAAACGGAGAGAUCCAGUGUCUGGGAGAGUGGCCUGAGGAGUAUUACUGGGUUCCCUAUAUGAUCAUUGUGGCCUGCCUGGUCUUCUUCAUCCCUCUCAUCAUCAUAAGCGUCUUUUACUCCAUUGUUAUAUGGACCAUCUGGAAUAAGGGCAAAAGGCAUCCGGUGAUGUUUGCAGACCCGUGUGAUAAAUCAAAAGUUGGAAAGAAUGCUCAGAGGGGUCUGAUACCAAAGGCUAAAAUAAAGGCAGUCAAGUACAGCACUGUAGUUAUUUUAGCCUUCAUGAUGUGCUGGAGUCCGUACUUUGUGUUCGACAUGCUGGACAAUUUCAAGGCAAUCCCCCACACAGAUGAGCGGUUCUUUGCGUCCAUCAUUAUUCAGCACCUGACUGUACUCAACAGUGCCAUCAAUCCUUUUCUUUACUUCAUCUUCAGUGUUAAAUACUGCACGCCUCGCAGGAAAAGCAAACAGAAGGUGCCCAGAGGAAUCACCAGAGAAGCAGCAGAAAGGGGGGCAGGACAAGAGUCUGUGCUGAGAAUAUCCUUAUUGGAUGAAAGCACCAUGAAGUCUGCAAAGACGUUUCUGAUGCUUCUGUCAGUCAUUUCAAAGCAGUUCCAUGAAAUCUUUAAUGCUCUUGAGGCUGUACCCUCCUUCGAAAUCCUGACUCGUUGCCGAUGCAGCAGAAGAAUCUGUAAACCCUCCCCCGCCAUUGCUUUCAGACCUGGAGUCCUUAUUGUCUGUAACGACAGCGCUCGCUACGCGGCACUCUGUAGCCUGUUUCCCCACAAGCGUAGGCACAACCGGGAGGGCUGCCCCUACGGAGACCCUUGCUACAAAGAGGUGUGGAAAAAUGGUCUGAUCAGGGACGCUGCCCAGUGGUUCUGGGAUAUAAACCAGACACGGCCAUCCCCAGUGUCCAAGAGGGGGGAACCUGGGUGUCCAGCACCCAAGAGGGGGUAUUUGUCACCAGCAGCAGUUUUGCUUCUGGAAUUUCUGUUGCUGGAGCCCAAGAAGAGGGCGCCGUCGGCUAUAGAAAAAGGGGAGGUGAGGAGACCUUUCCCUACCUGCGCUCCCAACGUCUCAUCCACUGUGCCCAGGUCCUGUGUCGCUGGGUCUCGAUCUCGCCAUAGAGGCGCCAGACUGUGGGCUAACCCUGCCUCGAGAAUGGGAGAAGCUGGUCAAUGUGGGACUUGA